AUGGCAGAGACUUCUCCCGUCAAGAGACAGCUACAGAUACCGAUCCAACCACAACAAGAAGCAUAUGAAUUUCAGUCCAAACUAGGGGCUUUGGGUAUGCGUAUAAGGCAAAGUGUCGAUCAAGGUUAUAAGGUUCCCGUGACUCAACAGGAACAAGGGUUUUCUAACUGUUGUGUGCAGGAUAAUUCCGGUGUAACGAUCCCAGAGUACAAGCGUGUUCCGCUAUCUACACCAGCACCAAUGCUAGUGAAUCAAAGAACAGUUUCUUCGACUUCUUCGCUUGAAAUGUGGGAAGAUUCGUUGGAUCAAAGACUAAAUGUCAUCGAUGGAGAUAUGAUGCGCAAUAAGCUGGGCUCAAAUGACUUGGAAGUGUUGUUCAAUGGGCCUUCUAAGAGGAAUUGGGAACAGGCAGAGUUUUAA